GCAUGAACUGAGUUAGCUGAGAACGAUUCCCUGCCAAGGGUUACAGCAACUCGCUGGAGGAUCAGCUGCUCAGCCGCUGGAGGGCUCUACAUGGAGAGCUAUUGACUCUAUUAGAACUUUGGAAUUUGGCCGGUCUUCCCGAUCCUCUAUGAGAGCCGUCUAAAAGAGACCGUCUGCUCCAAAACUAGAGGGCAGCACAACAUUCCCGUAAACCGUCGCAGCCUCAGAACCCCAACCAUGUCUGUGGAUCCUUAUAGACUGAUGAAUGACGGACACACCAUCCCAGUGACCGGCUUCGGCACGUACGCUCCCGAGAAGUUUCCGAAGAGCCUGGCGGAGGAGGCUACAAAACUAGCCAUUGAAGUCGGUUAUCGUCACAUAGACUCCGCCGGUAUUUACGGCAACGAGGUAGAAGUUGGAAGAGCCAUUAGGAGGAAGAUUGAGGACGGAACGGUGAAAAGAGAGGAAAUAUUCUACACUGGGAAGUUGUGGGGAACUCACCAUAACCCCGAGCUUGUGCGUCCAGCCCUGGAGAAGUCACUAAGAGACCUUCAACUGGAUUACAUGGACCUCUUUAUUAUUCACACCCCCUUAGCGUUUGAGCCUAGAGAUAAUCUGUUUUCACUGAAUAACAACUAUCAAAAUAUCUAUGUCAAUGUUGAUAUCCGUGACACGUGGGAGGCUCUGGAGCAGUGUAAAGACGCGGGGCUGGUGAAGUCCAUUGGCGUUUCCAACUUUAACCGUAGGCAGCUGGAGCUGAUCCUCAACAAGCCGGGACUGAAGCACAAGCCGGUCUGUAACCAGGUAGAGUGCCACCUGUACCUGAAUCAGAGCAAACUGCUGGAGUAUUGCAGGUCUCAGAACAUUCUCCUUGUUGGGUACAGCACCCUGGGUUCCAGCCGGGACGGGGCCUGGAUAGACCAAAGCGCCCCCAUCCUCCUCGAAGACCCCGUACUGAAUGAAAUUGCGAAGAAGCACAACCGGACCGCGGCCCAGGUAGCCCUGCGCUUCCUACUGCAAAGAGGCAUCGUCGUCCUGGCCAAAAGUUUCAACCCCGUUAGGAUCAAGCAAAACUUUCAGGUAUUAGAUUUCCAGUUGCCGGAGGAAGAUAUGAACGUUUUGGUCGGGCUGAAUAAAGAUUUGCGUUAUGAUACCAUGGAAGUGUGGAAGGAUCACCCUGAUUACCCCUAUCAUGACGAAUAUCCUCCGCUAACCAUGUCCUCCCCAAACGCCUACGUUGUUCUCAACGACGGGAACAAGAUGCCGGUGAUCGGAUUCGGUACCUACGCCCCGCAGAAGUUUCCCAAAAGCCUGGCUGAAGAGGGUACCAAAGUGGCCAUUGAAACCGGAUAUCGGCACAUUGACUGCGCCUUUAUAUACGGUAACGAGGUGGAGGUCGGCCGAGCUAUAAGAGCCAAGAUUGCCGACGGGACGGUGAAACGGGAAGAAAUAUUCUACACCGGGAAGCUCUGGUCCACGUUCCACGCUCCAGAAUUGGUUCGUCCGGUUUUGGAGAAAUCCCUGAAAGCUCUGGAACUGGAUUACAUGGACCUUUUCAUCAUACAUUCCCCCGUAGAAUUUAAGCCAGGAGAUGAUCUCUUUCCAGUAGAUGAAAACGGCAAACUUAUUUACAACAACACAGAUAUCCGGGACACGUGGAAGGCUCUGGAGGCGUGUAAAGACGCAGGACUGGUGAAAUCCAUCGGGGUGUCCAACUUCAAUCGACGUCAACUGGAACUGAUACUUAACAUGCCGGGGCUGAAGCACAAACCAGUCUGUAACCAGGUGGAGUGUCACAUCUACCUGAAUCAGUCUAAAAUGCUGGAGUUCUGCAAAGCGAAUGAUAUUGCUCUGGUGGCGUACUCUGUGCUGGGCUCCAGCAGGGAUGAGAAUUGGAUAGAUCAAAAUUCUCCGGUUCUCCUGGAAGACCCCGUGUUAAUCAGAAUCGCUGAAAAGCUUCAUCGGACCCCGGCGCAGGUGGCCAUGCGCUACAUGCUGCAGAGAGGAAUCGUGGUUCUGGCCAAAAGCUACACACCUGCGAGGAUCAAACAAAAUUUCCAGGUUUUUGACUUUGAGUUAAGUCCUGAAGACAUGAAAACCCUCAACGGACUCAAUAAGAACAUGCGCUAUGUCAGAAUUUCAAACCAUGGGGCGAAAAAAGGAUCGGAAUUCACUUUGUCCACCGACGGACGCAUCGAGGGUUAUUGCACCGAACAGAAGAAAUCAUCAAAGCUCCGUCCUCCUCCGCUAACCAUGUCCUCCCCAAACGCCUACGUUGUUCUCAACGACGGGAACAAGAUGCCGGUGGUCGGGUUCGGUACCUACGCCCCGCAGAAGUCUCCCAAAAUCCUGGCUGAAGAGGGUACAAAAGUGGCCAUUGAAACCGGAUAUCGGCACAUCGACUGCGCCUUUCUGUACGGUAACGAGGUGGAGGUCGGCCGAGGUAUAAGAGCAAAGAUUGCCAACGGGACGGUGAAACGGGAAGAAAUAUUCUACACCGGGAAACUUUGGUCUACAUUCCAUACUCCAGAAUUGGUUCGCCCGGCUUUGGAAAAAUCACUAAAAGACCUUGGACUGGAUUACAUGGACCUUUUCAUCAUACAUUCCCCUAUAGAAUUUAAGCCGGGAAACGAUCCCUUACCGUUAGAUGAAAACGGCAAAGUCAUUUACCACAACACAGAUAUUCGGGACACGUGGAAGGCUCUGGAGGCGUGUAAAGACGCAGGACUGGUGAAAUCCAUCGGGGUGUCCAACUUCAAUCGACGUCAACUGGAACUGAUACUUAACAUGCCGGGACUGAAGCACAAACCAGUCUGUAACCAGGUGGAGUGUCACAUUUACCUCAAUCAGUCGAAACUCCUUGAGUUCUGCAAAGCUCAUGAUAUUGUUCUGGUGGCGUACUUUGUUCUGGGCUCUUGCAGGGAAGGGGAUUGGUUCGACCAAAAUUCUCCGGUUCUCCUCAAAGACCCCGUGCUAAACACAAUUGCCGAGAAGCUUCAUCGGACCCCGGCGCAGGUGGCCAUGCGCUACAUGCUGCAGAGAGGAAUCGUGGUUCUGGCCAAAAGCUUUACGCCAGAGAGGAUCAAACAAAAUUUCCAGGUUUUUGACUUUGAGUUAAGUCCUGAAGACAUGAAAACCCUCGACGGACUCAAUAAGAACAUGCGCUUUAUUAUUCUUAAGGACUUGGAGGACCAUCCUAAAUUCCCUUAUAACGAUGAGUACUAAGAAAACGAAUCCGAUCACACAUUGUGAAGCCUCGGGGUGAAAAAAGGAGCAGAAUUCGCGGACAGAAGACGCAUCAAGGGUUCUUGCACCGAAAAAGAAGAAGAAUAGAAUGUUAUUUCCACCUUCGUAUAAUCACCAGACCGUUCAAUGCAAUCCUUCGACCUUCUUUGUCGGGAAUAUGGGAUUUAAAUCUUACAAUCGCAACACAGAAAUAGAAAAAGAAUGUUCUGUAAAGUCUUUUUUUUUUUUUAAAUUGUUGAUUUUUUUAAAAUAUUUUUUUAUAUUAUGGUGUGGAAUCGCUAGAGUUAAUUAUAUUUUGGGUUGUUGCGUAAAAAAAGGUGACCUUCAUCAGAAUUUGUAGAAUUUCCCUUCAAUUAAAGCUCAGAAAGUUG